CUGGCCUUCUCCCGGUGCGACGUCGGCCCGGCCCGGCCGUCUGCCCGGCACGCCCUAGUGUUACAGCAUGGCGGCCCAGCUUUUGCUGCAGCAAGGACGAGCUGGGGCUCUGAAGACUGGGCUCCAAGCAGGGGCGCUUCGAGGACUUGCUUCUACCGUUCCUCUCUCUGCAGAAUCAGGAAAGAGUGGAAAGGGCCUGCCACCAAAUCCCAAGAAGCAAAGUAAACCAAAACAUGUAGUGGAAGCAAAGGCGAAGGGCAAGCUCCUAGCCCCCCACCCGGCAGCUGGACUGUCUAAAAAGUUCUCUCCACCCAGUGCUUACCCGUCAGUUACGAAUGAAGGCGGGAUGGUAGCUAGUCCUGACCCCGAUGACGUCAUGCUACUCACAGAUGAAGGGGGUCCGAGAUUUCUGGCAAGAAAGACUUUGGUGGCGUUCCCUCAGAAGGUUGCAUCUCCGUUCAGAAAGCAGGGUCCCGAAUUAGAAACUCACCAGAGGAGGAGGAAAGCGGCGAAGGAUUCAGCCUCUUCUUCGUCCAGCUCCUCUGAUUCAGAGUCUGAUGAGGAGGAGGGUGUCUCAGAGGUUGGUCCACGAGUGGCGAGCAAAGCCCAAGGAAGGUUUCAAAAAUCACAGGCUUCCUUUGAAGACAGGACCCCCAAAAUUGUGAUAGCAGCUAAAGAGAAGACCUGGCCCCAGAAGCCACAUACGGACAGCACAUAUCCAGAGAAACCCUAUCAGCCAGAGAAGAAAACAGUGUCCCAGUCAGAAGUCGAUGAAGGGGUUAUGAAGCAAUAUGUAAAAGAAAAACAAUCGCAGAAAAUAUUUAGACUGAAUGAAAUAGAUAAAGAAAGCCAAAAACCAGUCGAACGGAAGCAAAACUUACCUGACCACACAGAUUCAGGAUUAUCUUCGCAGCCGAGCCCAGUGCCAACACUACUGGCAGAAGAAACUGAGGCAGAAAAACAGCUGCAAGCGGCACCUUCUGAGACCAGGGAAAAAAACGUGGAAGAGCAAGUGCCAGAACCGAAAUGGAAGGUGGCUUCUCCCCAGUUCAGAGAAGAGAAUUUGGGGGAGCAGGUAGUUGUGGGGAACGCGAAGGCAGCUCGUCUGACUAAAGAAAUAGUUGUGGAAGAUGGAGUACCAGUAGGAAGUUUGAAGGCGGUUCCUGCUCAGAACAAAGACAUUUCCAAUGAAAAGAUACCAGUACUACACCUUGAGGAAAAGGGCGAAAUAAUUCAAGACUCAGCAACUCAAACGGAAGACCCAGACAACGUACAGGAGACUGAGCAAGCGGCUGCGCCCGCCGGGCCAUCUGACAUCACCACCUACAAGAAUCUCCAGCACCACGACUACAACGCGUACACCUUCUUAGACCUGAACCUAGAGCUGUCGAAAUUCAGAAUGCCUCAGCCUUCGUCAGGCCGGGAGUCCCCGCGACACUGAGGGCUCAAAGCUCAAAGAUUGCACUUCGUCUUUGCUGCUUUCUCGCUGCAAAAAUAAAAUCUGCUCAGCAGUCAGGAGGCCAAUGUGUGUGUAUAAUUAGCUUCCCUUUCACACCUCUUACAAAGCACAGGCAGUUAGCAACACUGUUAGUGAUUAUUUAUUCGACAUAUGUUUAGAAAUACCUGCUACCUGCGAGGAAUUUUUUCUUAAUUAUAAAGUUAUGGCUAACUGGACAAAUCCGUACAAUUAGAGAGUUCUGAGUGCUUUGCAGCAGUGCGAUCCUACUGUGCUGAGCCCUGGUGAGUUUAGUGAUGGUCUCAUUUAUUAAUUAGGUGCUGUCUUAAUCAUCUAGUGCUGCCCCAACAGAAAUACCACAGGUGGAUGGCUUCAACAAAGAGAAAUUUAUUCAAGGGUCCAAAGGAUGCAC